AUGAGCGUAGAGAGUGCGUAUACAGCAGCUAAGGUCAUACAGACAGUGUCCAGAGAUGAAGCAGAACAAAGUGUUCCAGUGUCCAGAGAUGAAGCAGAACAAAGUGUUCCAGUGUCCAGAGAUGAAGCAGAUCAAAGUGUUCCAGUGUCCAAAGAUGGUGGAGAACAAAGUGUUCCAAUGUCCAGAGAUGAAGCAGAUCAAAGUGUUCCAGUGUCCAGAGAUGAAGCAGAUCAAAGUGUUCCAGUGUCCAGAGAUGAAGCAGAUCAAAGUGUUCCAGUGUCCAGAGAUGAAGCAGAUCAAAGUGUUCCAGUGUCCAGAGAUGAAGCAGAACAAAGUGUUCCAAUGUCCAGAGAUGAUGCAGAUCAAAGUGUUCCAGUGUCCAGAGAUGAAGUAGAUCAAAGUGUUCCAGUGUCCAGAGAUGAAGCAGAUCAAAGUGUUCCAGUGUCCAAAGAUGAAGCAGAUCAAAGUGUUCCAGUGUCCAAAGAUGGUGGAGAACAAAGUGUUCCAAUGUCCAGAGAUGAAGCAGAUCAAAGUGUUCCAGUGUCCAGAGAUGAAGCAGAACAAAGUGUUCCAGUGUCCAGAGAUGAAGCAGAACAAAGUGUUCCAGUGUCCAGAGAUGAAGCAGAACAAAGUGUUCCAGUGUCCAGAGAUGAAGCAGAAUAA